AAAUUCAUUGUGGUCGAUGGCUUGCUAGCACCAACGAUGAAGUCGAACAAAAGCAAACGGAUUCGAAUACUUUUUUGUUCGAAGCCAUUUUGUCAAGGAUACGAGGCGUGCGCUGAGGUUGUUUUUGUCCUUUUAUUUGAGCUACUUUGUUAAAUAAUACUCAUAUAAGUAGGCACGGCAUUACAUCGCCGAGGUAUUUCAUCUCCACAAAGUUAUCGUCCUAAUAUCGCAUGUCCUCUAUUCAGAACCUCCAAUCUUUUGAUCCCUUUGCUGAUGCAACCAAGGGUGACGACUUACUCCCGGCAGGGACAGAAGAUAAAAUCCACAUAAGGAUACAGCAACGAAACGGACGCAAGACCCUAACCACUGUUCAAGGGAUCGCGGCCGAUUACGACAAGAAGAAGCUUGUGAAGGCCUUCAAGAAGAAAUUUGCCUGCAAUGGUACUGUGAUUGAGCACCCUGAGUACGGUGAAGUCAUCCAGCUGCAGGGAGACCAGAGAAAAAACAUCUGCCAGUUCCUCAUGGAGAUCGGCAUUGUCAGGGAGGAGCAGUUGAAGGUCCACGGAUUUUAAAGUAAUGCUAUUGCUUCAAGACCAGGACCUCAUCAGCUUUUAGACUUUUCCGUUAUGUAUUGACCAAUAAAGUUCAGCCGCAUGUCUGAUGUAAAACUCUGAGGCAAUAAAAACACAAUGUCACAUUUUUUAAAGUGCA